CUUGGUGUGCUAGGGUUGUAACCAGGGUCGCUUACAAGGUUUAUAUGUAGGAGGUCCAUGAUAUCUAGUUUGGAGGUAUUGGGUCAGUAGUGCCAUGGUUGUAGAGGUGGAGGGAUUUUAUGGCGUGUAUCUGCUGUAUUGCACUAACCCGAAAUAUAAAGCUCGGAUCUACAUCGGAUUCACAGUCAACCCAGAGCGACGCAUCCAGCAGCACAAUGGAGGCAAACAGAAAGGAGGGGCUUGGAAGACCAGUGGGAGGGGCCCAUGGGAAAUGGUGUUGAUCGUCCAUGGAUUUCCAAAUGAUAUUGCUGCUUUAAGGUUUGAGUGGGCAUGGCAGCAUCCGCAUGUGUCUCGACGCCUCUCACAUGUGCCCCGUAAGACCAAGAAGCAGUCCAGCUUUGAUUUCCACCUAUUUGUCCUCUAUCACAUGUUACGUGUGGCCCCAUGGAACCGUUUGCCCCUCACCUUGCGCUGGCUAAGACAGGAAUACCACAAGGAGCUUCCCCCCCUCCUCCAACCACCUCUGCAUAUGCCUCUGGCGUUUGGACAAGUGCGGGCUAGGCCAAUCUCUAAAGCUGUAGGAGACAAGGGCAGAUCAGCAGCGGAGAAAGGCCAGGGAGAGGGAGAAGCAGAGGAGUGUAAUGUUCUACGAGAGGUCAUCCCUCAGAGAUGUCGUGUUUGUUACCAGAAAGUGCAGGGUGAAGACGAUUCUUUACACUGCUUCCAUCCCGGCUGCUCGCUGACUGCACACAUCUUGUGUCUGGCAAAACUCUUCUUACAACAGGAGCCAGAACAUCUUAUCCCCGUGGAGGGGAUCUGCCCCAGCUGUGGCCAUUCUGUACUGUGGGGAGAUCUGAUUAGAUUCAAGAAAGGCUGCUACGGAGACUUGGAAGAGCUCUCGAACUCCCAGUCACACUGGGCAGAUGAGUUACAGAACGGCUCCUGAAAUAGACUGGUGACUCCACUACACUCCAUGCAAAGUACAAUGUGCUGCUCCCAU